UCAUCCAAAUUGACACCCGGGGCUCUGAGAAAUAUAGGCAGCAGCAUCCCUUCCAUGCAUUCAGUCCCCACAGCUGCACCAUAACGCACCGACUCGCAGCUGCGCCGAGCUGAUCCAAGGUGAACCCCUCACACUCACACGCAGACACGCAGACACACACACACACACGCUGCCGGAUCGUUGCUGCUGGGGGAAUCGAAGCGCACCGCCGGGAGACGCGAUGUUGGUGAAACUGGCCGUGGCUCUGCUGGUUCUGUUAGUGUUGGAGCAAGUGGUGGGAUCGGAUAAUACUGAUAUACACGACAGUCCCCCGGAGAAGCCUGUGAGCCAGAAAGGACGACUCUCCCUGCAGAACACAGCUGAGAUCCAGCACUGCCUGGUGAGUGCAGGGGAUGUCGGUUGUGGUGUGUUUGAGUGCUUUGAGAAUAACUCCUGCGAGAUACGAGGGCUACAGGAAAUCUGCAUGACGUUCCUGCACAACGCUGGCAAAUUUGACUCUCAGGGGAAGUCCUUCAUCAAGGAUGCUCUGAAGUGUAUGGCCCACGGUCUACGGCACAAGUUCAGCUGUAUCAGCAGGAAGUGUGUGUCCAUUAAGGAGAUGGUGUUCCAGCUCCAGAGAGAAUGCUACAUCAAACACAACCUGUGCUCUGCCGCCAAGGAGAAUGUGGCCGUCAUGGUGGAGAUGAUCCACUUCCAAGAUCUCUUCCCUAAAGGUCCAUAUGUGGAGCUGGUGAAUAUUCUCCUGAGCUGCGGCGAGGAGGUGAAGGAGGCACUGACACGGAGCGUCCGGCUACAGUGCGAGCAGAACUGGGGGGCUCUGUGCGACAGCCUGAGCCUGUGCUCCUCCCUCGCACCGUCUCCCGCUGGCUCCCCCGUGGAGCACCACCACCGCCGCCCUCUGCCCUCCCACCCCGAGCCAGAGCACCCUCGGCCCCCGCGGCAAGGCGACAAAGACAAAGCCGGUAAGGCGGGCUUCAACGCUCACCCACGCAAUCGCAGUCAGGGACCACGCCGCCAGAGUCCAGAAGCUGGAGUGAUGGCUGACCAGGAAGACCCCGAGGCCACCGACAUCCGGAGGUGAAAGUGCAAGGGGACUGUCCCGACUUUGACCCCCUACACCAUUUAAAAACACACACUUGCAGACUUAUGCAACCUCCCCCCCCCCCACACACACACACACUCUCUUUCUCACACACACACACACACAGUCACAGUGUCUCUCCCUCUCUCUCUCACAUACACACACAUGCACACACACAAAUUCCCAGACAGACUGAGCAGAAGGAAACAAGCCCCGACCCUCCCUGUCCUUAUUCCGCUCUCUCCAGUCAUUCCAGCAGUCCCACGUGUUAAACUUGCAGGGUAAUUGUGGUGAAGCUUGUAAUGUUAUGCCAGACUGUAGGCCACAAUUUGUUUUUUAUUUUUAAUUUGAAUAAUAAUUGUUAUUAUCAUGAUGAUUUCAACUGUUAGGUCUAUUUUGGCUCUAAUAUAGCAUUUUCUCAAAUCAUACUGCUGGUAAGAUUUGAAUAUAUUUGUAUUAUUUAUUUUAUUCUUUAUGCAAUGUUGGAAUAUCAAAAUGUACAUAGAAAUAUACUUAUCUAUAUUUAUAUAAACAUGUAUAAAUAUAGUUACAAUAUGCAAUACUGAUCUACUAUAGAUGACAUAGUAUAUGGUGUGCUGUCUGUUGUCCUCUCCACAGUAUUGCACCCAUCACACGUUGGUCUGUAGAUAUGUAACAUACACCAUUUAUUUGUUUCAAAGUGGGAAUGUGUAUUAUAAUUAUAGAUACUUGAUGAUUAAAUACAAAUUGUACAGGUUUCAAAGUCCAGUUCUGGCACAUAUGAAUUGUAGUGCAUGAUGGCCACGAAGCCAACAAACGUGUGCAUUCUUAAAGUGAAAAUCCACUCUAAAGAGGAUGCAAGUGUAAUACUAUGAAUAUGGACAGUUAUUUCACCCUUUGUACGUAUUGAUCAUAAAGCUAUAGAGUCAAUGAGAGCCAGGACUGAUCUCUGAUGACGUCAUGCAUGGCGGUCUGGGCGGCAAUGAAUGGGAGACUCUCUGUUUCAGUAGUGCUGUAGAAAGUGUGACCCAUUCACUGUUGAUGGAGUUUCAGAAAUGGUGUCUCGGUGACGUUACAGAUUAAUGUAGCUUCAGGAUAUCGUUGUUCCUGUUCACAAAUAACAACUGAGCUGUUAAACGUUCUACAUUCUCUUUGGUUUUCUGUUCAGCUAUCAACCGCAGCAAAGGAUGUCAGAUCACAUUUUAAAUGUAGAAAUCACACACAUCAAGGUGCCUAAACUUGUUAUUGUCCACAGUGACCGCUUCUCUGUGAUUUAAGUGAAUGGAUGAUAAGUGAUAAGUGAAUGGAGCUAUAUUUUACAAUGAUGUUGAGCCACAAAAGUCUAUUGCACUUUGGAUGAUUGUCAGUGUGUGUUGGACUCUUGCAGGUUGAGAAAUGAGACCAGGGCAGUUGCGCUUGAGCAAUCCUGGUCUUUCUCAUCAACUUACAGCACCGAGCCCUGUAUCCUCACAUGCUCCUUAGGAUCAGAUUGAGCCCCAUUCUUUAAAAGAGCCAUGCUUCCACUUUGUCGCCGUGGCCAGGAAAGAGGCUUGACAAAAAUCCUCCGGAUCUCCGGCUCCUCUAAAUUAGCCCUUAUUCCUCCGUUACCUAGGUCAGGAGAGACAUGAAGGCCUGUUAUUCUACCCGUUAGAGCUGCAGGCAACGCAGUGAGGACCCAGGAACUGGGUUAAGUCCACACGAGGAGGCUCUGGUGCUGUUAUUCUAAAUGUUAUAUUUACCAAGGCCACCAGAGAAUUCCUCUGGGCCACAGCCAAGAGCCAGCAACACAGCGAGGCAGAGAGGAGUGGAGCGAGAAGGACAGAGACAUACUCAACUUUUUUUUUUUUUAUGCGAGAGGUGACACCAUCUUAACUAAAACUCUUCUCCUCUUCCUCCUUUGGGUCACAGACACAGGCUUUUUUUUCACCAUUUCAGGCCAGUCAAGUGCUGUAGCUGUGGAAGUGUCGUCUGUGAGCACAUGACACCACAUCCUGGGGAGUGCUUGGUGCAAAAAAAACAGUAAAAGAGAUUUUGUGGCUCAAUUUAGGUCCCCCCACCCCCCACCCCGAUGUACGUACAGUAAGGUAAUGUUUUUACCCCCAAUCCUUUAAGCUCAGAGGAUUUGAAUCAUCAGUGAGACUUUCAGGCUUUUAUUUUUUUCUGUUGUGGAAGUUGGGAUUCCUGUGACAUCCCAGCACGAGACAUAAGCUAAUCUUAUUGAGAAUGUACUGUAUGUGUGUAAAGUGACAAUCUGUUUAGCUCUCUUGUCAUUAGGUUUGAUAUGGCUUUUUUUAAAUAAUGUAGUAGCUUGAAUGGCUGUUCUUCAUGUGUUCAGAGGGAAAUAAAACUAACUACGUUUCCUGUAUUGUUAGAGCUCAGUCGCCACAUCACGUGUUUCCCUCUAUCAAGCACAGGGACUCUGCUUUCACUGUUGAAAAUACAGAACAUGGUCUAGAAGUUUGUAACUCACCUGUAACACAACGGGCAUAUGAUCCGAUAAAUAUCUUUGGACUCAUGAAAUCAGCUGUAUGUUGUUAUCAUUAAACUAUUUUUGUCUGUA